AGAGAGAAAGAGAGAGAGAGAGAAGAACAAACGUGUGAAAAUUACAACCGAAGGAGUGUAUCGAAUUCGAAACCCGAAUUCUUGUCAUUUGCAGAGACGAGACUCGAGAGCUUCAAUUCUUGUUGUUGCAGACCACCUGAAGCUCUCCAUUAAUGGCGGACCUCAAAGAGCGCCUGCUCCCGCCGAGGCCCUCGUCGACAAUGAACCUUAGAGAGACGACUUCGAGACCCUCCGCCUCCGGCCGCCCGCUUUUCCAAGGCAUGGACUUUCUAGGGCUGAAGAAGCGCGGUCAGGGUCUCCGCUCAUGGAUUCGCGUUGACACCUCCGGGAACUCCCAGAUUAUCGAGGUCGAUAAGUUUACUAUGAUGCGCCGCUGUGAUCUCCCCGCCCGGGAUCUUCGCCUCCUCGAUCCUUUGUUCGUCUACCCGUCGACGAUUCUUGGGAGGGAGAAGGCGAUUGUUGUGAAUCUUGAGCAGAUUCGGUGUAUAAUCACGGCUGAUGAAGUGUUGCUAUUGAAUUCACUUGAUAAUUAUGUGUUGCAGUACGUGGUGGAGCUGCAACGGCGAUUGACUGCGGCUGGAGUAGGGGAAGUGUGGCAAUCCGAUGGUCCUAAUUUAGGCAGGAGUAGAAGUAGGAGUUUUGAGAAUUCGUUCGGGAAUACAUCGCCAGAUUAUUUGCCCUUUGAAUUUAGGGCGCUCGAAGUCGCUUUGGAGUCUGCUUGUGCUUUUCUCGAUGCUCAGGCAGCGGAGUUGGAAAUAGAAGCAUAUCCAUUGUUAGACGAACUGACAUCAAAGAUCAGUACUUUAAACUUGGAACGUGCGCGUCGGUUGAAGAGUAGACUUGUUGCUUUGACUCGGAGGGUUCAGAAGGUCAGGGAUGAGAUAGAGCAGCUAAUGGAUGAUGAUGGAGAUAUGGCUGAAAUGUACCUCUCAGAGAAGAAGAUAAGAAUGGAAUCUUCUUUCUAUGGUGAUCAGUCUUUGAUGGGAUACAGCUCUACUGGGGGUGGGCUUUCUGCUUCUGCUCCAGUAUCACCUGUUUCUUCACCCCCUGAUGGUAGGAAGCUCGAGAAGAGCUUAAGUAUUGCAAGGAGCAGGCAGGAGAGCAUGAAAAGUUCGGACAGCACCACUGAGAACAUAGAAGAACUGGAGAUGCUGUUGGAGGCAUACUUUGUGGUGAUUGAUAGCACUCUCAACAAGCUAACAUCGCUGAAGGAGUACAUUGAUGACACGGAAGAUUUUAUCAACAUUCAGCUGGAUAAUGUUCGAAAUCAACUUAUUCAAUUUGAACUGCUGCUUACAACUGCAACAUUCGUAGUUGCAAUCUUUGGAGUGGUGGCAGGGGUCUUCGGGAUGAACUUUGAAAUAUCAUUGUUUGAUGAGCCAGAUGCUUUCAAGUGGGUUCUUGUGAUUACAGGAAUAUGUGGGGUCAUUAUAUUCUGUUUAUUUUUAUGGUUUUUCAAGUACAGAAGGCUUAUGCCCCUGUAAGUGGGAGAGGAAAAUGGGGGGGUUGAAGCAAUUUUUAAUGCUUUUUGUAGAUAUGAAGGGGGCGGUGGGAUGAUAAAUUGGGAAAGCGAGAGAGAUGGUAAGGGAAUCUCUUCUUCAGGGCCAUUUAAAUUGAUAUUUAGAUUCUGAUGUAUGUAUAAGCGGUGCAAUUUCAUCGUAUUCUUUCUUGUA